GCCGCGAUGGGCCAAGGCGACGACAGCGACCGCAUCGUGAUCAACGUGGGCGGGACGCGGCACCAGACGUACCGCAGCACCCUGCGCACCCUGCCCGGGACCCGGCUCGCCUGGCUGGCCGAGCCCGACGCCCACAGCCACUUCGACUAUGACCCGCGCUCAGACGAGUUCUUCUUCGACCGGCACCCGGGCGUGUUUGCGCAUAUCUUGAACUACUACCGAACCGGCAAGCUGCACUGUCCGGCUGACGUGUGCGGACCCUUGUACGAGGAAGAGCUGGCCUUCUGGGGCAUCGACGAGACGGACGUGGAGCCCUGCUGCUGGAUGACCUACAGGCAGCACCGCGACGCCGAAGAAGCACUCGAUAGCUUCGGUGGCGCGCCUCUGGACAACAGCGCCGAGGAUGCGGACGGCGAUGGCGCGGGGGACUCGGGAGACGGAGAGGACGAGCUGGAGAUGACCAAGGGCCUGGCGCUCAGUGACUCACCCGACGGCCGCUCUGGCGGUUUCUGGCGCCGCUGGCAGCCACGGAUCUGGGCGCUCUUUGAGGACCCCUACUCAUCCCGCUACGCGCGGGCUCUAUGGAAGCUGCGGAAACCAGGCCAGGACUGGUCCCUGAGGGAGAAACAGCUGAGUCAAAUGGUCUGCUUCUUGAAUUCCAGGAGUUGUUGAAAAGUUGGCACCUUUCCCACUAACCCCCUUCCUCUCAC